UUUAGUGUUUUCAAGAACUGUUUUCUGUUCUUGAAAACAAAAAACACCAAAAACUUGUUUGGUUGAAAGAGUCAUUUUUGUUUUUGUUGUUCCCCGUGUUCUCAAAAUGGCACUAUUUAGAGAACAACAAAAUGUUGUUUUCCCCGUUUUUGUACUGUUUAUAGAACAAAACUAAAGAACAAAAAACACAUCUGUUCUCCGUGUUUUUCUUUUUCUUCCCGUUCUCAUCUCUCUCCAGCACAGUCGCGGCGCCUCUUCUCCAGCACAGUCGCGACAUCUCCAGCAAGAAACAAAGAUGACAACUGAGAUAACAGAUGUUGAGGAUGCAGGAACAUGGAGAGGUAAUAUAGAGAAAAUCUUUAUUGACAUCAUGGUAAAUGAAGUUAAUAAAGGUAACAUGGAUAGUGGUACAUUUAGUACCAACACAUGGAGAAGGAUCUUACUUGAGGUUAAUAGUCAAGGGAAAAGAAAUUUCAACUUGAAGCAGCUUAAACAAAAGUUUAAUAGACUACGUGCAAUGCACCGUGAGUUCUCUGAUCUUUUAAAGCAUACUGGAUUUGGUUGGGAUGCUGAAACUAACACAGUGCAUGCUCUAGAGGAAACCUGGCAAAAUUACAUUCGGGCACACCCAAAUGCAAAAAGAUUCCGCUCAAAGGGAUGCCCAAACUACAACUUGUUGGGAUUGAUCUUUAAUCCAUCAACAGCAACCGGUGCCCUCCACUACUCUUCCACCCAAGAUCCACCAAACACUGAUGAUGAAGAUGAGAUGGAUGACAAUUUGGAACAUGGUGGAGUGCAUGUGGAUGUAGAUACUGAGAUCCCUGAUGAUCCUCCACAACCAGAAAUGGCAGGAGGAGUGACCACCCGUUCUGGAAAGCGUGUAACUGAUUCUCUAUUAGAGCGUAAAGGUAAGAAAGAAUCCAGAUUAAGUCAAAUGGGAGAUGCUUUGAAAGCUUGGGUUGAGGCAUCAAAGGCUAGAACAGAAACAUCUCGAGCUAGAACUGAGGCAUUAUUGGCUAGAGUGGACAGAUAUAAGAGUGGAACUAGUAGUGAAGCUACUAGUGGAGGUACCACUGAUUUUAGCAUAACAAGGUGCAUGGCAGCCUUACAAACCAUUGAACUGUUAGAUAAUGACAAAUAUUUAAAAGCUGUUGAGAAAUUCACAGUGCCGGAGUGGAGAGAGAUAUUUAUGAAUAUGCCUGAUGAGAGGAAAAUGGCAUGGCUUGAUAGACUUUAAAUGUGAAUGUUUGGAUGCAUAACUAUUAUGAUGACAUUGUAAUAUGUACUAUUUAUCUUUUGGUUAGAAUCUUUUACCAUGCUCUUUAGUUUGUCAUUGUAUGGAUGUUAUUUAUGGUUAUGAAACUUAUAUUAUAACUACUUUAAUAUUCAUUUCGUGCUAUUUUAUAUUGUGAGUUCAUUUGUUUUAUGUAGUAACCAAUGAAUGAUAAUAACACAAGCAGUGGUGAACUAUAUGACUCAACUUCAUCUUCUGAAGAGGGUGAUGAUUUAGAUGAAAUUUUUAUUGCUCACAUUAUGAAUGAGUAUGAGGAAAUAUUUUUAUGCAAGACACCUCAAAGGACAUCAAUGUUAAGUGGUGCACAAUUUGUAAGAGAUAUGAUAGAAGGUCAUCCUCAGACAUGCUAUGAACUAUUUCGGAUGGAUAAAGAAACAUUUAUGAACCUUUGUGAUCAUCUUAAGAGACAUGAAAACUUACAGGAUACACGAUUUGUCACAGUUGAAGAGGCAGUGGCUAUGUUCUUACUAAUCGUAGGACAUAAUGUGAGAAUGAGGGUUGUAGCAGACCGUUUUCAACACUCCACAGAGACUGUCGCUCGACACUUUAAAGAAGUUAGACGUGCAUUAUGUCGACUUGGCAAAAUUCUCAUAUGUCCUAACAAUAUGACCAAUGAGGUGUCUUCAUAUGUUGCUAGUAAUCCUAAAUAUUUUCCAUGGUUUAAGGACUGUAUUGGUGCAAUUGAUGGCACUCAUAUUAGUGCAUGGGUCCCAGCUGAUAGACAAACCAGUUUUAGAGGUAGAAAAACAGUUAUAACACAAAAUGUUAUGUGUGCAUGUAAUUUUGACAUGAUGUUUACAUUUGUUUAUGCUGGUUGGGAAGGAACAGCAAACGAUGCACGUGUCUUUUUAGAUGCAUUGACUAGACCAGAAGUCAAUUUUCCUUGGCCAAGUGAAGGAAAAUAUUAUGUAGUUGAUUCUGGUUAUCCUUGUAUAUCUGGAUUUUUGCCACCAUAUCGAGGUGAGCGAUAUCAUUUACAAGAAUAUCGGGGUAGACAUAAUCAACCUAUCAGGUAUAAAGAACUUUUUAAUUAUAGACAUUCAUCUCUUCGAAAUAUUAUUGAAAGAUGUUUUGGUGUUUUAAAGACCCGAUUUCCAAUAUUAAGGAUGAUGCCUUGUUAUAAGCCAAGUAGGCAACCAUCAAUUGUUGUUGCAUGUUGUACCCUUCAUAAUUGGAUUCGUCUAUCAACUCGAAAUGAUCAAUUGUUUAGAGAAUAUGAGGUAGAAGACCUUUCAAUCGAAGGUGAAGAAGAGAGCACAAGUAGCAGAAACCAUUCAAUUGAUUUAUCAGAUGAGAGUGCAGCAGUUAUGGCAGCUUGUAGAGAUCAAAUUGCUGAAGUGAUGUGGGCAAAUUAUAUUAAUGUCAAUCCAUGACUUGUCUUAUUUUUAAUUUUUAAUAUUUGUCAACACUUUAGUGUUUUGUUAGAAUUUAUAUAUAUUUGUUAACUUAA